CGAGGUUUGCAGAUGUAGAAUUGUCCUGUAUUAUUAUAUUAAUUUUCUUUUAUGGGUAAUGGCGAACGUAAAUAAGAGAGUCGUACACUAUUAAGGAAACACUAACAAUUAUUGAAGGAGUUAAAAGUGGGGUUUAAAACGCGCAAAUUAAAAGGGAGUUCGAUAUCUUUGAUGGAUAGCAUAAGGAAGUACACGUUCGUCCUCAGACAAGUUGGUCAAAACGUCAGGACUUUUUAAAGAAAUUAUUCAACUGAAUAAAUUCCAUGAUUGGUGGAACAACAGGUGCUAUUGUAACGUGCCCAUUAGAAGUUGUAAAAACACGACUCCAGUCUUCCGUUGUAAACUUCAAUUGUUUGUAUGCACCAUUAACUCCAUGCAAUGCCUCUCAUAAGAUAAAUGGUUUUAAUCACGGUUAUCACCUCUAUACUUUUACCACUUCAUCAAACUCGUCGUCUGUGUCAACAAAAAGUUUUUUCUCACGGGUUCUCAGCUAUGGUUCUUCAGCUACUAGACAACAACCAUCUGGCAUUUGGCAAUGUCUCCGACACAUUGUUGAGAAUGAAGGUGCCCAGGCACUUUUCAGAGGCUUGGGUCCAAAUCUUUUUGGAGUGGCUCCUUCUAGAGCUGUUUACUUUUGUGCAUAUUCUCAAACCAAGAGUUUUUGUAACACACAUCUUGCUCCAGAUACACCAAAGGUUCACAUCUUGUCUGCAGCUAGUGCUGGUUUUGUGUCCUGUUCAUUGACUAACCCUAUUUGGCUUGUAAAAACAAGACUACAGCUUGAUCAAAGGACAUCUGGAACUGUCUCAGCAAGAACCUGCAUCCAAGAGAUUUAUGGUACUGGGGGUAUAAGGGGAUUUUACAAAGGACUAAGUGCAUCUUACUUUGGUAUCUCUGAGACUGUAAUUCACUUUGUAAUAUACGAGUUUCUAAAAACAAAACUGCACAAAUGCUCAUUAUGGAGGAAAAGAAACUGUUAUGACCCAGAUACUAAGUCUAGUAGAGAUUUUGUUGAGUGCAUGAUUGCAGGAGGAAUCUCUAAAACCUGUGCAUCAUCAAUAGCAUACCCUCAUGAGGUAGUGAGAACACGACUUAGGCAAGAAGGAAACAAGUAUAGAUCCUUCUUCCAGACUCUGCUGUUAGUUUUCAAAGAGGAAGGACACUGUGGUUUAUACAGGGGCUUAGCUACCCAGUUAGUGCGGCAGAUUCCAAACACUGCUGUAAUGAUGGCAACAUAUGAAGCUGUUGUUUACAUUUUGUACAGAUAUCAUCAGCGUAUGUUUAUAUCCAUGAAGAUAUUUGAAGAAGAAAAAGAAUACUAAAGAAGUUUUGACAUUUAGACAUUAAAACGUUUAGACUCUAUGUAAAAUACAGAGGAUUUUACAGUCUUGAGUAUAUUAUUGUAUAUUUAUAUGUAGACUGAUGAUUAUGGCUGUGUAUAAAGUAAUAGUACAAUAAGUUAUUACUUACACAGAAACAAAGAAUUGGGGGAGAACAACUUUUACUUGUUUUGUAGAAAGAACAGGCUAAUUUUAAAUAUAAAGUGCAUUUAUCUGUCUUCCAUAAAAUGACCUAGACACCUUCCUACCAUGCUGUGCCAAAUUGAUGCUUGUUACAGGCUUGUCUUCUUCAUCGUUGUCUAGUUCUUUAGCUGAAUUGUUGCAUUGUCAAUUAGACUGACUUACAGGGUUAUUGAUGAAAUGAAUUAUAACUGUUAAUUGUUAGACAGUGAUUAGACUGUUUUCCCACUGUAUACACUUGUUUUUAUAUAGAAAGUUUACAGGUUUUUGAUAUUCUUAAUUUUACCUCUGAAAAUAUUAAGAACAAGUUUUCAAUUGAAAACUUGCACGUCUUAUUGUUAUUUGUAUAUCAAUACUUGCCAUGUAGUUUUUCUUUUCACUUGAAGCUAAAGACUAAUUGUAUUGAUCUACCUUAAUUUGAUUUUAGAAGUUUAUAAUUAAAAUCACACAAAUAUAAAUUAUUGUACAAUUUGUACAAAUUCGUGUUGUUUUUGGUAUAAUGCAUGAAAACUGUAACCAACAGUUUUGCAGUUUUUGUUAAUUUUAUAUGUAUAAAAAGUUAUAUUGUAGUUUAUUAGUACUUGAAACAACUAAGACAGAACUCCUUUUUGCUAUUGUACAGUAAAUUAUAUUAAAUGGGAGGUUAUAAUGAAUUUUAAUUAAACUUAUAAAUAAGAUAAUAAAUUUUUUGCAAUCUGUGGGUCAGUGAUUCGAAUCUCUGUCACCGAAUGUGCUCGCCUUUUCAGCCGUGGCAUUAUAAUGUGACAUUCAAUCCCACUAGUUGUUGGUAAAAGAGUAGCUCGAGAGAUGGUGGUGGAUGGUCUUGACUAGGUGCCUUCCCUCUAGUCUAUCACUGCUAAAUUAGAGAUGGCUAGUGAAGACAGCCCUCUUAUAGCUUUGCAUAAAAUUCAUGACAAACCAAACAAUUAUAUUUUAGUUCCUCCAUCAUUGUCUCUUUUUUUAAUGACCUAAUAACUUCCAGUAUUAAUAUUAUCUGUUAUAUACUGAUAGAAAGGAAACUAAAGUUUUAGAAAAGUGUCAUACAGAUGUAUAACAAAUGUGUUAUUAUAUACAUGUUAUAAUGGUUGUAUUAUAUGUUGACCUGGCCCAGAAAAACUAACUGUUCUUUGUUCAUAUUCUUGCAUCACUGUCCAUUUUAUACUUUCACCAAAACAUCUUUGAAAUGAAAUUUUAGAUUUAACUGAAUUUGAAAAUAAAGCAAUAUGUAGACAUUUUAUAA